GUCCCCGCCUUAAAUCAUAAGAAUCAAUUGUUCGAUUUUAUUUAUUAUUUCAAAUCACAGUAGAUGGUUGGAGGCUGUUAUCGGGCUGUUAGACCUUCAGGACGCGCAGCUGUCGGAGACACUUAAAAAACAAUAACAAAAAAAUAUAUCUGGAGAAAUCAGACUUAAAAAAGAAAAAAAAAUCAUUAGUGGUUUAUUUGAAUAGUUUUGCUGGAAGCAGGGUCAGGAGGUGUGCAGAAUGCGUUGCGCCCCAGCCUGGAUUGGCUGGGCUCUGUGUUUGUGCGCAUCUUUGGCCGUGUGUGCGCAGGACUACCCCGAGGACGACGAGAUGAUCCUGGAUCUGAUCCGCGAGGACGGAACUCAGCCUGAAACUGGAGCCGUGCCCGCAGCGGAGUUCCUCAGGUGCAACAAGGCGGCAUGGCGCAUGCCCGGACAGUACUUGGUUAUUCUGCGCCCAGGGACGCACGAGUCACAAGUGCAGAGGACCAUCAGGAGGCUGCGAGCCAAAGCAGCCAGGAGAGGCUACCUGGUGGAGAUCCUGCAGACCUACUCUGGAGCUCUGCAGGGGUUCCUGGUCAAAAUGAGCCGUGAUGUCCUUCACAUGGCGGUGACUCUCCCUCAUGUCCAUUACAUAGAGGAGGACUCAUCCAUCUUUGCUCAGAGCGCCCCCUGGAACCUGCAGAGGCUGCUGCAGCCUCAUGGUGGCAUCUCUGAGAAUGGAACAUAUAGGCCUCCCAAUGAUGGAGGGAUGGCAGAGGUGUAUCUAUUGGAUGGCAGUGUGCAGAGCUUUCACAGAGAGAUUCAAGGACGUGUGCUCAUCACAGACUUCAAUAAUGUCCCUGAGGAAGAUGGAGUCAGAGUUCACAGACAGCAGGCCAGUCAGUGCGACAGUCACGGCACGCACUUGGCAGGCGUCGUGAGUGGAUCGGAUUCAGGUGUUGCUCGUGGUGCUGGUGUUAACUUGGUUCGUGUGCUCAACUGUCAGGGUAAAGGGACCGUGUCGGGAGCUCUAGCAGGGAUGGAGUAUAUCCAAGCAAGCUUACUGCUCCGCCCAGUGGAUGCAGUGGUGGUUUUGCUGCCUUUCAUCGGUGGCUUCAGCCGCUCGUUGAACACAGCAUGUCGAGACAUGGUGGCAAAUGGAGCUGUGGUCAUUGCAGCUGCAGGGAACUACAGAGAUGAUGCCUGCCUCUACUCGCCUGCAUCAGAGCCUGAGGUCAUCACGGUUGGUGCAGUUAACUCAGCGGACCAGCUUAUGUCACAGGGUGCAGGUGGCACCAACUUUGGCCGCUGUGUUGACCUGUUUGCCCCUGGAGAUGACAUUGUUAGUGCCAGCAGUGACUGCAGCACCUGUUUUACCUCCCGCAGUGGAACCUCCCAGGCUGCUGCACAUGCUGCUGGUAUAGCAGCAGUGAUCCUGUCGUCCAAUCAGAUGGCAUCGCCAGUGCAGGUUCUGCAGACAAUGCUGCAUCAUUCCAUCAGCAACACAAUCAACUUUCAGUCUCUGUCUGAAACACAUCAUCUCACCACUCCAAACCUGGUAGCAGCUAUGCCCUCCGCCAGCAACCCUACAUCAAAUGAAGAGCUUCUUUGUCGCUCAGUAUGGUCAGGAAGGUCAGGAAUCGCAAGCACCGACAGGGUCGUGAGCCGCUGUCGUCUGGGGGAAGAAAUGAUGGGCUGCAGCAGCUAUGCUCCCGACGGCGUCCGAGGGGGAGAAAUCAUCACUGCGAGCAACGAACACAUGGAGUGUGUUGCCUUUAAUGGCCCGGCAGGUAAUGGUGUGUAUGCUGUUGCUCGGUGCUGCUUGAUCGGUGGCCUGCAGUGCCAGGCCCACGCCAGUACUGAGCCUGGACAAGAUGCUCAGUGCACUGGCCCGCAGCACCGCCUGACUGGGUGUACAACGUGGUCCACAGCUGAGAUCUCGUCCGACUCACGACCACACCACGGACAUGGGAACCGCUGCGAAGGAAAAGAAGGAACCACUUCACACGCAGUUUGCUGCCACGCUCCAUCUCUCGAGUGCCAGCUGUUGGAAAACAUAUCCGCUGACAAAGAUCAGGUUGAGCUGUCCUGUCCGUCCGGGUGGACUUUGACUGACUGUAGCGCCAUCUCUCAGGACUCUGCUAUAUUGGGGCCAGUUGCUAAGGGCAACAGCUGCCAAGUCCGCAGUGCCACAGGGUUUGGUGGGGCAGCAGGCGUCGCUGUGUGUUGCCGCAUCACACCACCUGAGCAGUCUGCAACAACUCCCAACUGAUCCAGUCUUUCAGCUCGUCUUCCCUCUGACCUCUUUUACUCUUCUCAAGACCCUUAAACCCACUUUAUUUUCACUAAGAUAACGUCUGCUGUCUGUGUGGUGCUAUUUUAGAGUUAGACAUAUACUCCAUAUUGUAUUGAUGUGCAUCUUAGCUACUUUUAACAAACAGGCUUAUGUAGGUUUGACAAUAUAACUGAAUAUUUUUGUAUCUUUUGUAUCUAAACGACUGUAAUACAGAGCUUUCAUGAAUAUAUAAACUGAAAAUGACCCAGUAUUUAGCUGAUGUACGCUCUGUAUCCUCUUAACAAGCUAAUAAACGAGUAAGACAAGCAAAUAUGCUUUUUGGUGAAUAAUAAAGACAUAAAAACACA